CACCCAUCCGUUUAUGUCCCCACACUGCAUAAUUUUUAGCCCCAUUGAUUCCAUAAGCAGCCCAUCAAUCAAAUCUGGGGGGAAAAACAUAUAGAGCUGUCAACUAGGCCUACUGGCUUAUGCAGGAAGUUAAAUUUAGUAGUUGGUAGCAUUUUCUUAGUGUAUAGGCAGAGUUUAUUGGAUCAGCUCAGCUUGUUGAUGCCUUUCUAAUCAACAUCACAUAUCAAAAAUUCGCUACGUUUGGUUUCCGCCUAUAUUAACCUUAAGUUCCAACCGAGACUGUUAGUAAUUAGAUGAAUGCAAGAAUGCAAAAAAUGGAAGGCGAGAAAGGAUCUGCUGAUUAUCCUGAGCCAAGAGACACCUUCAAGAUUGCUUAUAUAAUCCAUUUUUUGCUUGGUGCUGGUAAUUUGCUUCCAUGGAAUGCUUUCAUCACAGCUAUUGAUUACUUUGGCUAUCUCUAUCCAACCAAGCACAUUGAGAAGGUCUUUUCUGUAGCUUACAUGAGCUCUUCGGUGCUAGUUCUAGUAAUAGUCAUGAGUUGGGGUGGUUGGAGCAAGAAGUUAGGUUACAGAUUGAGAAUGAACAUGGGAUUUUGCAUGUUUAUACUCUCUCUAAUGGUGGCUCCUGUAAUCGACUGGUCUUGGAGCAGCAGUGGGCCAAAACGGAGCUCAAAUGGAGCCUAUGGUGUGACGGUUGCAUCAGUUGUGGUUUGUGGUAUAGCUGAUGGCUUGAUAGGAGGAAGUUUGAUAGGAGCAGCUGGAAAGCUUCCAAAACAGUACAUGCAGGCUGUUUUUGCAGGAACUGCCUCUUCAGGUGUUCUCAUUUCCAUCUUGAGGAUUAUAACAAAGGCAUCACUCCCCAAGAAUCCUCAAGGUCUCCAAACGAGUGCCCACUUCUACUUUAUAGUUAGUGCCAUCAUUCUGCUGUGCUGCACUCUCUCUUGCAACUUGUUAUACAAACUACCAGUUAUGGAACAAUAUUACAAACUUACUCCAGAUGAUUCAUUGUGUCCAAAGCCAGAAUUUUGGGCUGUAGCAAGAAAAAUCCGAUGGCCAGCUUUUGGAAUUCUCAUGAUUUAUAUAGUGACUCUUUCGAUAUUUCCUGGUUUCAUAGCAGAAGAUCUCACAUCCAAGAUACUAAAAGAUUGGUAUCCAGUUUUGCUGAUAACAAUAUACAAUGUUGCAGACUUCACAGGGAAAUCCUUAACUGCAAUAUAUGUUCUAAAGAGCAUCAAGAAGGCAACAUGGGUUUGCAUUCUCAGGCUUGUUUUCUAUCCACUCUUUGCAGCUUGCCUCCAUGGACCCAAGUGGCUGAAAACUGAAUUAACAGUGGCAGCUCUGACUUUCAUGCUCGGAGUGACCAAUGGCUACCUGACAAGCGUUCUCAUGAUCCUUACCCCCAAGUCAGUAUCAGUUUCAGAAUCAGAGUUAUCUGCAAUUUUAAUGGUUGUGUUCCUAGGAAUAGGGUUAGUUGGUGGAUCGAUUAGUAGCUGGUUUUGGGUCAUUUGAGUCUGUUUGGACUGUCAGGGCUAUUCGGAAGCAGAUUAGGUUCACUAGUAAAAUUCAAGAACUAUGGCUAAUAGAGCUUAGCAUUAGGAAUAAUCAAUGGCAAUUCCGAUUACAUGGUAUGAACUUAUAGCUAUCAGCCGCAGCCGCUUUCGUGUUGUGUGUGUGAAAGUAUCCUUGUCCUUUCUGUACUGAAAAAGAUUAAAAUUAGAUUCUUCUUUACCCUU